GUUAUGGCAUUGAUCAAGAACAUUUUUUGGUGUGAUGAUGUGGUUUUAGUUGAUUAGUGCCCCAUUUUCAUUAAUUCCAUUGUAUUUUUAGUGGCAUAGAGUCAUUGUCGAGUCGUUCACUAAAUCACCCACCUUAUUGUACAAAAUUUGAAAAUUUUAAACUUGGAAAUUUAUUUUUCCGGCAAAUCCGGCACAAUGAUUCGAAUUCUUUGCGUCACCUUGCUUAUUUCCAACGCUUGGGCCUUAUAUCCAUCGAGAGGCAAUGUCGUCGAACUCACCCCCAGUAACUUUGAUAAUCUUGUGAUCCGAGGCGACGAAAUCUGGAUAGUGGAGUUUUUUGCCCCUUGGUGUGGUCACUGUCAGAGUCUGGUUCCAGAAUACACCAAAGCCGCUAACGCUUUGAAGGGCAUAGUAAAAGUUGGUGCUGUGAAUGCUGACGAGCACAAGGAACUGGGUGGAAGGUAUGGAGUACGCGGUUUUCCAAGUAUUAAGAUAUUUGGAGCUAACAAAAACAAGCCAGAAGAUUUUCAAGGUGGCAGAACAGCUGAUGCUAUUGUAAAUGCUGGCUUAAGUGCUGCCAAAGCAAAAGCUAAAGCUGCUUUAGGGGGCGGUAGCAGCAGUGGAUCUUCAAGUUCCGAUGAUUCCAAUGAUGUCAUUGAGCUAACUGACAGCAAUUUCGAUAAACUAGUACUCCAAUCAGAUGAUAUGUGGUUGGUUGAGUUCUUUGCACCUUGGUGUGGACAUUGCAAGAACUUAGCUCCUCAUUGGGCCAAGGCCGCCACUGAAUUGAAAGGCAAAGUAAAACUUGGUGCUCUUGAUGCCACCAUCCACAAAGCUAAGGCUAGCCAAUAUGGAAUUCAAGGUUACCCCACGAUUAAGUACUUUUCUGCUGGCUCCAAAUCAAGUUCAUCAGCUGACGAGUAUGAUGGUGGAAGAACUGCUAGCGAAAUUGUAACGUGGGCUCUGGAUAAACUUGCCGAAAGCAUUCCUGCACCUGAAGUUACUCAAGUUGUAUCUAAAGAUUUAUUUGCCAAAGAAUGUGAACAGAAACCUUUGUGUGUUGUAGCAGUAUUGCCUCAUAUUCUGGACUGUCAAUCUGAAUGCAGAAAUAAUUAUAUUAAAAUGCUUACAACUUUGGGUGAAAAGUUCAAAAAAAAGAUGUGGGGAUGGGUUUGGUCUGAAGCUGGAGCUCAAACGUCACUAGAAGAGGCUGUGGAUAUUGGAGGCUUCGGUUACCCUGCCAUGGCAGUAAUUAAUACGAAAAAAAUGAAGUAUUCUAUAUUGAGAGGUUCGUUCUCCAAGGAUGGCAUCUAUGAAUUUUUGAGAGACUUGUCUUAUGGCAAAGGCAACACUGCUCCAGUAAAAGGCCAAGCCAUUCCAGAUAUUGUAAAAACAGAUCCGUGGGACGGUAAAGAUGGGGAAUUGCCUUCAGAGGAAGAUAUUGAUUUGUCGGAUGUAGAUUUAGAUGAUAGUCCUAAAGAAGAAUUGUAAAGAAAUCCAUAAGACUUACUAAUAGAAUUAAUAAUUUCUAACUUCCUAUUCUUGAUUAAUAAUAUGUAAUUAUUUUCAGAGCUGUUUAGAUGUAAUAAGUUCUGUAAAUCAUUUUUGUAACAGUUAUUUUGUAAAUUAAAUACCUAGACCUUUUUCAAUAUUUUCUACUGUUUUUUGAAUAAAUUGUUUCAAGGAGAUUAAUAUAAAAUAGUGUAGGUAACAAAAUGUAUAAAAUACUUAUUCAUUAAAAAUGCAAACAUGGAAACAGGAAUAUCUUCCUUUUUUAUGAGUGAAACGCAUAUUGAAAAAAGACUUCCUAUUUCCAUCAACAAUUGGUUUUAGAAAUUCUCCAUUUUUUUUUUUUAAGGGCAGUCUUGUGUUAGAGCCUCCCUCCUCCCUCCAAUAGGUCGUAAUUGAUUUAUGCACUCAGAAAGUAAUUAUUAACUCACAAGCGCCACAAAUACUUGGUGAUUGAGGGGUGAGCCAUAUUGCUUUCAGGUGGCACUUUAGUCCCUGCACAAGAACACAUACCUAUUAGGACUGCUUAUUGAGCUGAAAGUGUCUGCAAUUCCCAAGCGGAAAAAAAAAAACUCGCAACCAAUCUACCAAGG